UUUCUUUUUUUUUAAUUUACCAUUCUUAUGUCCCAACGCCCAUUAAGUAUAUGUAUAAAAAUGUACAUGACACUAUGGCCCUGUUCAUGUGAAUGCCACCUUUUAUAAUGAUUUGACCCCAUAAAGCUGUGGAAUGAAUGGGCAGUGGAAUUCGGUAAUGGAACUGGGUUCAGUUUCUUCUUCUGGUAGUAAUUCAAGCUCCGCCGACUCUCUCAAUGGUUUGAAGUUUGGCAAGAAAAUCUACUUUGAAAAUGUGGGUGGUGGGUCAUCGCCGGUGACCGGAGCCGGGAACUUGCCGCCGGCGUCCAAGAGGGGGAGGGGUGGGUUGGUGCAAGGUGGUCAGCCACCUAGGUGUCAAGUUGAAGGUUGCCAGGUAGAUCUGAGUGAUGCUAAGGCUUAUUAUUCGAGGCAUAAAGUUUGUGGUGUGCACUCUAAAUCUCCUACUGUUAUUGUUGCUGGUCUUGAACAGAGGUUUUGUCAACAAUGUAGCAGGUUCCAUCAAUUGCCAGAAUUUGACCAAGGAAAAAGAAGUUGCCGCAGGCGCCUGGCAUGCCAUAAUGAGCGCCGCAGGAAGCCUCCAUCUGGAUCUCUUUUCUCUACACAUUACGGGAGCCUUUCUUCAUCAAUUUUUGAAAAUAAUAGCAGCAGAUCUGGAAGCUUUCUGUUAGACUUCAGCUCACACCCACAUGUCAACGAGAGUUCGUGGCCAAAUACUAGAGCAUCUGAACAAGGAUGGGAUCAUCAAUCUACUGCAUCAGGGAAGUUUCUUCAGCGUCCUUGGCUGAAUAAUUCUGAAACCGCUACAUCUGAGUUAGUUCUGCAAGGUUCAGCCACCAGGACCAAUUAUGUUCCUUCAGGGGAAUGUUUUUCUGGAGUCUCAGACUCCAGUACUGGUGCUCUCUCUCUUCUGUCAAAUCGGUCCUGGGGAUCAAGGAAUCCACCCUCAAGUCUUGGUGCUAACAUUGAUGGGAUACACACCAUUCAACCUUCUGAUUCCCAUGGUGCACCUACCAAUCACUUCUCAAGCCCUUCAUUGCGGUUUAAAGGAAAUGAAGCUAGCAGCAGUUCACAUGAGAUGCCUUCUGAUUUGGGUUUGGGUCAAAUUUCACAGGCUGCUGACGAUCAGUACUGUGGUGAGCUAGGGAUAGGUCAGCAGAGUGGACGACAAAACAUGGAACUGGACCACUCUAACGGUUAUCAUCCUUCUGUUCAGAAUGUGCACUGGACUCUUUGAGUAGCUAGUAUGAUCGCGGUUGUAAGAGAACAUGUUGAUGAAGUAGUUUGAUGUUUGUGAGGCUGUCUGUUGACGAACGACCACUAAUAUUAUGCAGCUUAUGUGCAUGCAUUCUUGUUGGGCUAGUCCCAAGAUGACCUUUGUUUUGUUCUUGAACUGUUUGAUAACUUGCUACCAUUUGCUUUGGCGUAUCUUUUUAACGUGCUUAUUCUGUUUUCUUCGUUU